AUGGCGACAGCUAAAGAGGAUCUGUGGAAGACCCUGGAGGACCUGACAGGCGACCAGUUCAAACAGUUCAAGUGGCUGCUUCAGGCUGAUGGGAAUGACCCCCGGUCCAUCCCAGUGUCCCGGCUGGAGAAGGCGGACCGGACAGACACGGUGGACCUGAUGGUCCAAAAGUACGGCGAGGCCGAGGCGGUGAGGAGAUCGUUGCAGGUUUUAGAGAAGAUCAGCAGGAAUGAUCUGGCACAACGUCUGUCAAACACAAGAUCGGCGCAAAGAGGGGAGUUCGAAAAUGGAAGUCUGCCGAGCGACAGACCGCAGAGUCUGCAGACUUUCAGAGUUUUAAUCCAGUCGGUCCAGGAAAGUCUGUCCCAUCUCACCGAAGCCGUUGAGGAGAAGCAGAAGACUUUCCAAAAGCAAGCGGAGCAGCUCAUCAGAAAGCUGGAGAAGGAAAUUUCAGAGCUGACGAAGAGCGAGGCGGAGCUGGAUCGUCUUCUCCUUACGGAUACCAACCUGCAGUUCCUCCAGGACGUGGAAACCUCCGACCUCACAGAGUUCUCCGUUCAUCAGCCGUCCUACGGCAAAACCGUCAUGGCCUCCGUGGACAAGCUGAAGGAAUUGCUUGACGGAGAGAUGAAGAGGUUCCUCAGCAAGGCCAAGCUGAUCCGAAUGCAGCAGUUUGCUGUCGAUGUGACUCUGGAUCCGGACACGGCGCAUCCCAACCUGGUUUUAUCUCCAGACGGGAAGCGGGUCCACUGUGGCGGCGUGAAGCGGAAUCUCCCCGAUAACCCGGAACGGUUCGACACCGCGGCCAACGUUUUGGGCAGGCAGAGUUUCUCCUCUGGGAGAGUUUAUUUCGAGGCUGAGGUGAGAGAAAAAACGGCCUGGGACGUCGGCGUCGUCUACGGGUCGAUUGGCAGGAAGGGGUCGAUCUCGUCGAGCCCCGGCGGCGGCUACUGGGCCGUCGGAUUACGAAGCGGGGAUACGAUCAAGGCGGCCAGUUUGAACCUGGAUGUAAAAACUCCAUUGAACAAAGUCGGUGUUUAUGUGGAUUACGAGGUGGGCUCCAUCAUUUUCCACAAAGUUGAUUCUGCAGAAGAGAUCCACCGAUACUCAGACUGCUCCUUCACGGAGAAACUUUAUCCGUUCUUCAGUCCCGGCGUUUAUCACGGCGGCUUGAACGCCAAACCCCUGAUCAUCUCCCAAAGUCACCGCCAUCCAACUCCAUGGACUGAAACUGUUACACCGUUAGCGGACAGAAACAUUCAGCUGUAUUUAAACAGCCGGGUUGGACUGAGAUGGUUCCCCAAAAGUGACAGCAUGGAAAAACUUUCUGUGGAGCUCCUAAAUACUCUCAAGAACUUGAAGCAGGAUGACUUUAAACAAUUUAAAUGGUUUUUGAAGCAGGAUGACAUCUUGAAAGGUCAAAAAGGCAUCCCAGAAGAUGAGCUGGAGGGGGCAGAAAGAUGGGAGACGGUUGAUCUGAUGCUACGCCAAUUCAAAGGCCCUGGGGCUAAGCAGGCAGCAAUCAAUAUUUUACAGGCGAUUGGACAGAACAACCUGGUGGAACAGUUAAAAAGAUUCUGUGAAGAACAAGAUCUCAACCCUCGGCAUCUACGUUUUGUGACAGAAGGCAUUGGAGAAAAGGAAGCCGAGUUGGAAAAACUCCGGGAGUUUGCAGUGGACGUAACCUUGGAUCCGGAUACGGCGCAUCGCGAUCUUGUCCUCUCCAGUGAUGGGAAACAAGUUUACGACACUAAUGUGACCAAAGAUCUCCCAAUGACCUCCCAGAGGUUUGAUACAUGUGCCAGUGUAGUAGGAAAGGAGACAUUUUCCUCAGGAAAGUUCUACAUUGAGGUUCAGGUUGAAGGGAAAACUGAUUGGUCUGUUGGGAUAGCCCACAAGUCCAUCAACCGGAAAGGGAAAAUCUGCCUCAGCCCCAAUAAUGGCUUCUGGACUAUAUGGUUAAAAGACAAGGUUUAUGAAGCUUUGGCAAAGCCUUCAGUCGUACUCCCUCUGAAGUCCCGUCUUCAGAAGGUGGGAAUCUUUGUGGAUUAUGACAAGGGUCUCGUCUCCUUCUAUAAUGUAAAUACAGCAGAUCUGAUCUAUUCAUACAAAAAAUGCUCCUUCAAAAAAAAUCUCCUGCUGUAUAUUAAUACAAGUAGUAACUGCAAUGGCAGAAACUCUGCUCCAAUGAUUAUCACUCCUGUAGUUGACAAGAUAAACAAAGCAACACUGAGGAGUAUCAAGGAGUUUGCAUUUGAGGUGACUCUGGAUCCAGAUACGGCACAUCCAGAACUAGUUUUAUCUGACAAUGGGAAACGGGUCCAUCACGUAGAUGUGAGGAAAGACGUUCCAGACAAUCCAAAGAGAUUCAGUGACCAUGUCAGUGUUUUAGGAAAAAGUUUCUCCCAUCAAAGAUUCUACUUUGAGGUCCUGGUUAAAGGGAAGACCGACUGGACUAUAGGAGUCGCCACCGAGUCGAUUGAAAGGAAGGGAGAACUCACACUGCAACCAGAAAGUGGUUUCUGGACAAUUUGUCUAAGGAAUGGGGAAGAAUAUGAGGCAUUUGAUAAACCAGUAGUCCGUUUAACUAGAAGAUUAAAUCCAGAGAGGGUGGGAGUAUUUGUUGAUUAUGAUGGAGGUCUGGUCUCCUUUUAUAACGUAGAUACUACUGAUCUUCUCUACUCCUUUACUGGUUGCUGCUUCGCAGAGAGACUUUUGCCUUUCUUUAGUCCCUGCACUAAUAUUGGAGGUACAAAUUCUGCUCCUCUGAUUAUUUCUCCUGUCAGUCUCUUUGAUUAGAUCAAUCAUAUCGUCAUUUGAAAGACCUAGAGACAGCGACGAGUGAUGGUGCAUCCCGAGAGAGUCAGCAGUUCACCUCAGAGACACACAGGACAAUCAACCAUGCCCAAACAGUCUCAGACCUGAUGUAGACUGAGGGUACAUUCACGCCAACCCUGGUUAGCCCACUUUGAAAUAGAAAGUCUAGUUCAGUGAGAACGUCAAAUUCUGACAUGGACCAAAAAAAGCAAACUCUGGAUCGCCUACAAACCUAGGUCUUGGAUUGGUUGAAGUAGAAUCUGGCAUGGUUCAAAUUAAUAUGUGAACACCAAGCGGGCCAGAGACUGUUCCAAAGACAGAAAGCAAACUAUAGCAUUCUGGGUAAAUACAACCACAACAAACACAUGUCUACUUCCAGAAGGAGAAAUGGCUCCUGGUCUUUUACCAAAGGACAGAGAAAUACUACAACCACUAAAAUCUGUUGCCACUCCAUUUUUGUUUACAUUUUGUGAAGAAGGAAGUUGCGCUUGGCGUCUCCCCAGAGAGAACCUAACUAAGUACAGGGAGAACAUGUGAACUUCAUGCAGAAAGACCCCAGUUCAAGGUUCAAACACUUAUAUGUCCAAUCCAGAUUUCAAGAAUGUAAUUCAGUUAACGUUGAUGAUUCUGGCUUAUAGCUAAUGAAAACCCCAAAUUCAGUUUGUCAGAAAAGUACAUUACAUCCAACAGGUGAAAAAGGAUUUUAAUGCAAAAAUGUGGAUGAGUUGAAACUAUGUCCUUACAGUACAGCAUUUGCUCUGAAGUCCAGGUUGCUUUGGUAUCGGUCAGACAGUCAAGAACAGCACCACAUGGUGAUUAGACCAACUUUUGGUACCUUUGGCUGUGUGGGUUGGUGU